CGGACCGACCGAUUAGUGCUUUUCCGUACCCUUCGGUGAUUGCAACUCGUUUGCAUCGAUGGCCUCGCUACCCUGUGAACAUGCCAUCUUCAAUCCGAGAUACAGAUGUCUUCCUAGCGCAUAAAAGUCCGACGGACGCCAGGAGGAAAAAAAGGCCAGGCGCGUGCACACGAUGCAGAAAUCGGAAAGUGAAAUGUGACGGGCGAUUACCCGUGUGUGGAAGUUGUGUUAAGGCAAGGACCGAGUGUGAUGUCAACACCGCCUCAGCCCAAAGGGAAAGCCUCCUUAACAGGAUCCAAUAUCUUGAGGCACUUGUCAAGGAUAAUGGGUUGGAGGAUAGCCUCUGGACUGAGGCGAGCACAGGGGCGAAUGUCAACAUCCAGUCCGCGACAUUACCGCAGGAAUAUGUGCGGCCAUCCAGAGAUACCCUGGCUCAAGACAACACUCCAACCUCGCAUCAAGGUCCCGGGACGACUGUCAAUCAGGGCAGACAACAGCCCAUAACCAACGUUGUAUCAUCACCAUCGACAAGUUUUGCCGCAAAUGUCAGCACUGGGACCUCUCCAUGUGGCACAGACAACUCUGCAAUAAGUGUCCAACAGCCUAUUGCGCACGAGGUCGGAAUGCUGUCCCUCUCGAACUCUGUAGAGCCCAAGUACAUUGGACCAUCUUCGGGGGUUACAUUCGCGAGGUUGAUUUAUGCCGCAGUACCAGGAUUUCAGGGUGUUCAUGCCAAUCUGGCCAACCAAAGCCAAGGUGGAAACCAAGACUCUUCCGUCGAGCAAACCGCUGGAGCUUCACUGCCUAGCGUUAGGGAUAUGCAUCGCUUCAUCAACGCGUAUUUUGAUACGAUACAUUUCCUCUAUCCUUUUUUGAGUAUUACAAAUUUUUCAAAGACAGCUGAAAAGAUACGGCGCUUCCAAACUCAGCUAUCGCAGUCAUCUACAGAUGCCACAAAAUCAGAUGUACGAACCAUCGAUCACAUCGACCAUGCCCAGCUCUUUCUAGUCCUUUUUCUGGGAGCCAAUGUGCUUGAGACGCGGCUAUCUCAAGAUUUCAAUUCAGAGAGCUUCCUCGCUACAGCUAUGCUUCAUGUCUCAUUUGUUAGCCUCCACGAAAGUCUACGAGGGUUGCAGACCCUUCUUCUACUCACUUUGAGCAGCCUCCAUUCCCCACGCGGCUUGAACGCCUGGUUUCUCAAGUCAACCAUCCUGGCGGGAUGCAUUGACCUCGGGCUGCAGCGGAAGAACAACGUCAGCACUCCCCAACCAACAUCUUCGGAUAUUGAAGAGCAUCAGAUCCGCAGCGGCGUCUUCUGGUCUGCUUACUCUCUGGACCGAACCCUGAGUGUGGUUCUAGGGAGACCUCUUACUUUUCGUGACGAGGCUCUAGACGUCGAAUUUCCUGGCGCACUGGGUUCCGAUGAAGUUGACCAUGACGCCAGCAGAGUCUAUGCUACGACAUCGAAUCAGGACGACGAGCCUGCCCGGAAGAGACAACGGAUGAUGCAGACUCCUGGAACGCCCGCGGUUUACUCAUUCCGCUUUGAUCGCAUUUUUGCAGAGAUCAAACUCAUGCUGUACAGAGUGGCCCAGUCUCCUUCUCGGUUUCCCUGGCCUACCGACUUUGGAGAAUGGCAAACGAGGACACAUACCACAUUGUCCCAAUUAUUGGAGGAUGCUCAUCAAGACCUUGACCGCCUGGACUCUUCCGACUCUGCUCCUUCACACGGGACGCAUGAUAAUGCAGUGCUGUCGCUGGAGCUCAAAUAUCACCAGGCGAUCAUGCUCAUGUAUCGGCCUAGCCCGGCCAUACCUCGCCCGUCCGCAUGGGCUUUGAAAUAUUGCUUCGAAAGUGCGGUGGGGACGAUCCAGGCCCAAGCCGAGUUACACCGUUUUGGGAACUUUGCGAAUUCGUGGUUGAACGCCCACACGGUGUUCAUCUCAGGGAUUACCAUCUGUUACUGUUUCUGGGUCAGUCAACAGGUCAGGACCAUGACAACCUCAACUUCGUUCACGUAUUACACCGACAUGGUGAGGCGACUAUUGAAAAGCCUAAGCACGACGUGGUUGGUGGCCAGCAACGCCUUGCAGAAAUUUGAGGCUCUGGUACGGUUGACAGAGAAGUCAUCUUCUCAAUUACGUACAUGUACGACGACGGAGACUGUGAAUCAUGGUCGAACGACAGCAGGUACUGAUGAUGGUGGUGACCAUGGUACCACGCAGCAGCAGCAGCAGCAGCAGCAGCAGCAACCUGGCUUGAUGAAAUCAGGGGUUCACCAUCAACAAGGAUCCUCUUCCUCCCCAUGGCCUCCUUUGCCACAAGUCGAUUUCUCGUCUACUGAAGAUCAGAUAGAUUGGUCAAACUUCGACGUCGAGUAUGAUAAUACCAAUGUAUGGCCGAAGGAGUUGCAGGAAGUGCCAGAUUGGUUUUCUUUGGAGGAUUGGUUGAAUGAUUAUGCAUAAGAUGACUGUACUAGUAUGGGAGAACUUGAUCAAACUUGAAUAAGCACUAAAGUUCAGGAGGGGAGCGAAAAAAGAGAACAAGCGUAUACAAACAAAUCAUGGAAUGAAUUGUACAUGUGGAACAUAGCUCAAGUUAAAGGCACCCGAGGUCGUUUCAGGUCAGGUCAGGUCAGGUCAGGUCAGGUCAGGUCAGGUCAGGUCAGGUCAGGUCAGG